AUGUUGUCAUUCAUCCUCAUCCAGAACCGGCAGGGCAAGACCCGCCUUGCCAAGUGGUACGUCCCUUACAGCGACGAGGAAAAGAUCAAGCUCAAGGGCGAGAUCCACCGGCUCGUCGCGCCCCGCGAUCAGAAGUACCAGUCCAACUUUGUCGAGUUCCGCAACCACAAGGUCGUCUACCGCCGGUACGCCGGCCUCUUCUUCUGCGCCUGCGUCGACACCAACGACAACGAGCUCGCCUACCUCGAGGCCAUCCACUUCUUCGUCGAGGUGCUCGACGCCUUCUUCGGCAACGUCUGCGAGCUCGACCUCGUCUUCAACUUCUACAAGGUCUACGCCAUCCUCGACGAGGUCUUCCUCGCCGGCGAGAUCGAGGAGACCAGCAAGCAGGUCGUCUUGACCCGUCUCGAGCACCUGGACAAACUGGAGUGA